AUGGAUGCUUUUCAGUCCAAUAUUUACCUUGCUGAAGACAGAGUGCUCUGCUUGGCCCUGGUUUCUAAAAAAAAUAGAGAUUACAUUCUAAGAUAUGUUAAAAACUCAAUCGCAGAAACGGAUGUUCCUGAUAAGCUCUCAGUUCUUAUGGCUCAGCGCAGAAGAUGAAUAAACGGCUCAUGGUUCGCAUUGAUUGACUCAAUCAAGCGUAUGAGCUCUGUUUUUGAAUCAGGCCACAGUACGACCAGAAAAUGCUGCUUCACGAUGCAAAUGAUUUAUUAUGUGGUCAAUGUCGUUUUCUCAUGGUUCAUGGUAGGCUCGUUCUUUUUGGCAUUUGCCAUCGCUGUUCGCAAGCAAUUUGGAGAAGACUCUGAUUCCACAAUUAUUAGUUUUUCUGGAUGGAUCAUAAUAUCAUAUACUACGCUGCUGAUAAUUGUGUUCAUUAUGGCCCUUGGAGUAAAGCCAAAGCGUGUAGAAGAUGCCUACAAGGUGAUAGCUUGCAUCUUCGGAGUAUAUAUGCUACUGACUAUGGGACUAAUGUUCAAAUAUAUCAUCACAAACCUGAGCUCGAAUAGUUGGAUCAUCCCUUUGAUGGUUGCCACUAUUUUUUGCUUCGCCAUGAACACUCUCUGCCAUGGUGCAACCUUGACUGUACUGAAGGGAGUUUUGCAUUUCGUCUUUUUAUCGCCAUCUUAUGUCAAUUUAUUUCUGGUAUAUGCCAUAUGCAAUAUCCAUGACUGCACCUGGGGAAAUAGACCCGACCAGCAGAGUGAUGAGGAAAGGGCUCACUUGGAAGAGUUCGAAGAAUUCAGAACGCGAUGGGCCAUUGUUUGGGCGCUUUGCAAUAGUGCUUUUGCCUAUUAUUUAAAUUUGGUUGACAAAUCAGGCAGCGAUGCAACGAGAUGGUAUAUCUAUUCUAUUGCCUUUGUUGGAGUAGGGCUGCUGAUUAUUAGGUUUUGUGGAGGAAUCAUGUAUCUUUGCCAAGAAAACUGGUGUCAGAAAAAGUUGCGAGUCAAGGCUCAAGUUGUCCCUUCGCCAAUGCCAAUUUUAGCAUCGCGUUGCGAGACCAAUCAAGAACUGCUUGGCGAAAGCAGAAACCCAAUUAUUGCUGUGGCAGAAGCGUCAAGAAAAAACACUGAAGAAGACAGCUUUAAUGGGAUGAUUGAAGAAGAAAAGCUUGAAAUUGAUGAAGACGAUUUCAAUAUAGAUGAAGAAGAAGAUCUGGGAAUGGAAGAAAAUGUGAAGGUGAAAAACUACCCAAAAAUCAAUGUGACUGUGCUGAAGCCUGCAUAUUCGGAAAGAAAGGUAAACGCAGGAAAUCCCAAAAAAUACAAACAUAUCAAAAAUGCAAUCAGGCAGCCAAUAAAAAAUAGCAAGUUUCUCAAUGAGCUUAUGAAAGCAGGAAGUCACAAAGCCCAAAAAUCAGCCUUGAUGAUUCAGUCUUGGUUCCGCAGUUGGAAAUGCAGAGAAACCUACCAAAAGCAGCGAAGAUUUUUUGACUAUUUAGCUUUUGGCAAAACAAUCUUGCAGCACUCCUUCUAUUUUGUGUCAAUUUAUAAAACUAUUAAGGAAGCUCACUUCAAAAACCGCCUUAUGAGGAAAAAGGUGGAGGUGAACAUUGUGGUAGAUGCAUAUCCUCUAGAAAAAGGGCUAUCGAAGCCAAUUGAACUAAACGACAGUUUGGCUAAUGUAUGCUCAAGACUAGAAAUAGAGCCUGAUGAAGCUGAGCUGAGACGACAACAGGAUGAACUUCUUCAAAAAAUUAGAAUAAAGAAUGACCUUGUAGAUAUUUGUAAUGAAGAAAAUAAAGAGGAAAAGAUUAUCGCGAGGAAAAUUUAUACGGGAAAAACAGAGUUAGCUGAUGGGAUUGAAUACGAUGUCGACAUUAUUUAUGUCUUCGGGAACGAAAAGAAAAUCGAAAUUUCUGCUAUAAAGGGCAAAUUUUCGUAUUUUUAUACCAUGUAUUUAGAUAUGCUGCAGGAUUUAGAAACUGUACAAAAGAAAAUUCCUUUUAUUUUGAGCCGAUUGAUGAUUGAAGACAGCAUGCUACAAUUCAAAUCAUAG